UUUAGAAGAAAUUUAUAGGAUAUAUUGAAUUUUUUCUUUACUAAUUAAAUUUCCCAUAUCAUCGUAGAUACAAAGUGAUUUGGUAGUAAGAAAUCACAAUGUUUUUAGAUAGUGUGUGUGUAUGUAUAUAUAUUACUAAGAAAGAGGAGUCCAUCUUUAGAAACAAAGGAAAAAGAAUCAAGGGGAAUUGACAAAAAUAGGCCAAAAAUGGGGUAGAAAUAGAGUUUUAGGAUUGAUUGUAGAAAAGUUGAGAUUUAGGAUAAAUUGGAGGUGAAAUGACGAAAAUACCCUCUUUUAUUUUCCUUCCUCUUUUCUUCUUUUUCCUUUUCUUCAACCCGAAGACAGAAGGCCGUUCAAAAGAAAAACGUAAACUCGCAUUUGAACUCUCCCGCGUCUGCAGUUACCCUCUUCAACUCUCUCCCGCCUCCGGUGAACGUUUUUCUCUUCCGUCCAUUUCUUCUCCACUUCCAUCCAUUUCUUCUUCACGACUCUCCGCUAUAUUUUCCGAUUUCAACUUGUUCACCGAACGUCUCCAUUUCUUCUGCACGGGUCUCCAUUUCGACUUCAUCUCCGGCGGACGCUUCUCCACUUCCAUCCAUUUCGAUUUCAGGUUUGUUUUCACCGGACCUCUCCAUUUCUUAUCCACUCCUCUACAUUGGCAGUGCCGUAUCCAUCAUCUUUGAAGUCAAGUCUCAGUAUGGCUUCGACAUCAACUAACGGUCCCAUGUACAAGAUUGACCCUGCUCAUCAUUUUCAGUCUAUAGUAAGUAGUUUAGCACAUUUAGAAAACAGUACACGUACAAUAAAGGCUAAAUUGAAACCGGAUCAAUUAACCUUAUUUAGAAAUACAAAGUUCGGCCACUUUUUGGAUCUGAAUAUAAUCUUUAAUGGGCCGCUCAUCCACUACUUAUUGUUAAGAGAGGUGGAAGAUGAAAGGGUUGAUCACAUAAGUUUCAAGAUAGGAGAAGUCGUGUGCAGUUUUGGAAGGAGAGAAUUUAAUAUGAUGACGGGUCUAUGGAGUUCUCAACCAGAGCCUAUUGAUUUGGUUGGGAAUAGUAGGUUGUUGGAGAAGUUCUUCGAACAAAAAAAGUGUAUUUAUAUAAGUGACUUAGAGGACACAUUUGUGGAAUACGAGGGGGAUGACGAUGACGAUGACAUAGUUAAAUUAGCUCUAGUUUACUUUAUAGAGAUGUCAUUGUUAGGAAAAGAUAGGCGGACGAAAGUGGACCGAACUUUAUUUAGGAUUGCAGAUGAUUGGACCACAUUUAACAAUUACGAUUGGGGAGGGUUGGUUUUUGGACGUACACUUUCUGCCUUAAAACGAGCCUUGGACAUGCAACAUGCCAAGGGAAAGAAUAAAUCAACUAAGACAAAAUAUACUGUCAUGGGAUUUCCGCAGGCGUUACAGGUUUGGGCAUAUGAGUCUAUACCAACCAUCACUGAAUGUGGUGUACAUAAAGUAAGCAACGAUGCAAUACCACGAAUGCUGAGGUGGGUGUGCGAACUAUCGCCGAAGUCUCAUGUCCUACAGAGGCAGGUGUUUGACUCACCAAUGUUCUUAAUUAACGUGGUAAUUGAGAUGAUGCCUGAAGAGGAGGAGCAUCUAAGAAUGUCUUCAGGGGAACUUGUUGAGAAAACUCAUCCAUAUAACACCGUUUCUGAGAAGAAUGGUGAUUCAAAACGACCAGGAGAAGCUAGUAAUGAUGACAAUGACUGCAAAAAGAGUAAGAAAAAGAAGAAGUGGAAGUCUAAGAUGAAAGAAGUUGUUCGAAAACUCAAAUAUCGAGUAGCGGUUCUCGAGAAUGAACGUGAAAGCCUAAAAUCAAUGCUGUCGACUAUAUUGAAACACCUUGAAGUUCAAAAAAAGGGUGAAGAAGGAGACUGCACGGGAGUUGAAGGUCAUGAUGCCCAGACCGAAGAUGUUGACACACCCGGUACACCUUCUUGGUUGAGGAUGCCCAAGGAGGAUGACACAAGUGAUGGGGUGAAACAUGUUGAACGUCAAAAGCAGGGUGUCGAAGCAAACCGCACGGAGGAUGACACAAUGGAUGAGUUGGAUAAGAAGGUUCAUAUUCAUUCGGAGGAGCCAGUAGACGUCGUUGACGAUUUGAACGAGGAAAUUGGAGUAAAAAGUCUUACUUAUUUUGAUUCAGACGUCAUGGAAAUAGAACCAUUAUCCACUGAACGACCACAUGUUCGGCCCGCACGUAGCAAGCGUGCAAGUGUAUACUUGUCAACCCCCUUCACAGCUUUAGAUAAACGGCCUCCGAAUAUGCUGCCAACAAACAUUCAUUAGUGUAAUAGUUAGCACAUAAGCUAUAAACAUUUAUAUUGCGAUCCCGUGCAACAGCAAUGGCAUGUGCGCAUGGUAGUUGCUCAGCUUGAAACUCCUUACAAGUGCACUCUUGAGUAUGAAGAUUUAUGACCUCCUCUUUA